AUACACUCGCAUACACAGACAGCAUGGUCAUUAUCAAUAUCAUUAUGUCUGCGCGCUCCUCCGCAACACGUACACGAACAUGUCGAAGCCUGUGACCAACACACAUGUUAUACCUUCAUACACACGCAUACACACCUAGAUUAAGUGAGCAGUGUCUUGCAUGAGCAUUUUGUGCGUUCGGCCUGUCUUCGGGGACGAGGAGCGCAUGAAUACUUGCGUGCAGUAGUGAGUUCAUAUCAAAUGAAGAAAGUGAACUAUCGUCCGGUGGUUAGCAUAUCUUCACUGCCGCACAAGGAAAGCGCCGCGUCGGCGAACACGAUCCUUUAGACUGCAAUUAAUUGAUUUAACGCUUGGCCAAACUGAAUGGAUACAUGUGGACAUUUCAGUGAUUAAACCCUAACAGCAUUUCAUUGACUUUACAGACACUUGUUGCAGGCACUCGUCACGUGUGACGGUAUUUUUUAAGAAUAGAAGAGCUUCCUAAUGGAAAACUACCACGUCGCUUAAAUUGAUGUAGACCGAGCUAUGAGGUGCAAUAUAAAGUGCUCCUACGUCAUCGUCAAUUCAACAUCCGGCGAAUUCUCCAAUAACAGGUCUCUUCAACAAACAAGCCACAAUUACGCGCUCUCUCUAUCUAUCUCGACCUGCAUCAACUUGCAUUUCGAGCUCCCAGCUAGCUCUCACACACAGAGAGACGCACUCGCAUAACGCCAUACACGCGCACACACACACACACUCAGUCCAGCAACGCUUCCAACCCUACUGGAGACGACCGCAUAAAUAAGGGUCAUCCAACGUCUGCUUCGAUCGGGAGUUGAUUAGGUGAAUUUGCCCUCCGUUUGUUUUACGCCAGUUGAGUAUUGAACGAAUCAAUAGCGGAGUUAGAGACAGCGGAUGCAUUCACCACUCGCUUGCAUCGUGAUCGUUUGUUACGGAAGCCAGUGUCCCGCCCUUGAAAUACGGCCGGGUUGGGAAUUCGCUUACUCUGAGAAACAGGCAAACUCAUCCAUUUGAAAAGGUGGAAAAUGCAUGACUGAUUGUUCUCCCUUAGGGAAAAAAUAGUGAGAUACAUUUGUGGAAUUUUAUAAGGGAUGUGUAUCAAGUGAUUUUAGAAAAGGGAUGUUCUCAUGAUGGAUAGGUGAACAGCCCGCACUUGGCAUUUUAAAUAGUACUUUUUGAGGGAAUAUCCGGUUUGAAUAUCCGGGAAAGAUCUUUCGAGAUCGAAGAACUACACCCAAGAGGAAUUAUUUUGCUUUACAGGAGAUACUGUUGAAACCUGCGCUGAACGUUAUCUAUUACUGCUAUUUCCUCAAAGACAAUAAGUUCGUGAUUAAAAGUAUAAAAUAAAAUCAUAUGGGGAAACUUUUUCCGGUGGCAAAGGCGAUUCUUCAUAUGUUAAGUAAAACAAACGACAAUGGUUCCUUCAAGACAUUUCAAUUAUUUCUGCUUGUAUCACGACCAGUGCUAGAUACGGAGUAAUCAUAACAGAGAAACGGACACUCAAGCAUCUGGAAGUUUCAUUCAAACCUACAGAGCAACGGGAGGAUACACUGCAAUAAUAAGGUGGUUGAUAAAAGAAAGAUCAGAAAGGCUUUGCCUAACGGGAUUUUGACCGGUGCUUUCUGAAUGUAACAAUGUCUCCAGGUCGUGACGGCACCCCAAGUGUUACACAGCUGAAGGACCAGAGAUUGAGUGUCUACUGUUCGCCAAGAUUCUGCAGGAGAAGUCGGUACCUUGAGAAAGCCUGCGUGAACUCUAUGCUGGAGAAGAAGGACGAUUUCGGGUGGCAACGAGCUUUUAAUCCGCGAUUCUUCAGCAAGGGGUCGCCCUCGUCGACGCGCAAGGACGGGAAGCGCGCCAUCUCUUCAAACGGGGCCAGUCCGCCGUUCCAGUGCCAGCGCCGGAAGUUCACCUCGCAGUCCACACUAUCACAUCUGUCGUCUUCAGACACCGAUUCGCUAGGGUGUACUAAUCUAAUGGCGAAUCUGGAUCUUAGCUCACCGAAAAUCACUACCAAUGACGCCGGCCCGGAAGAGGAUAAUCCAUCGGCACCAGGCACUCCGACGCUGCUUCCAAAGCGACAAAAGCAGCGUCCCGUGUCUCUCGCUCUGCUCGACAACCACGCUUCGCAGAGUCUGGAUUCGAAUGCAAAUGGUGAGCAUCUUGGUUCGGCUUGUUGCAGUCUACACGUGCGGAAGGACCGCGCCGCCGACCGUAGCCCUGCCGGAUCGGCUCGGGCAAUUCCAACCUCUUCAAAGGGUCUGAACCCACCUUCCUAUAACCCACUGAGCAAGUCAUGUUCUGAUUUGCGUGGGGGAACUAUCGACGAAUGCUGCAUGAUUCAUCGUAACUUUAGCUGCAGGUGCCCCAGUCACCUCUCACUUCAGUCUGCGCGCGUAUCUACGCCUUCAGACUCGCAUACUGGCUCUAGAAUAAGCCUUUUAUCGGAAGGAGUUGACUCCUACGAGGGACUCUAUGAAAAGGCCUAUAGAGCCACGUACGUGAUGGACAGGGACCGGCUGGUGAAUGAGUCUAAAGUCUCUCCAGAUAGACUGGUGCGGGAAUGGUUAGCAAGACAAGAAGAAGUUACCCAGAAUACACCAGAACAACAGGAAGUAAAACAAUGAUUCACUUGAUUUUUUUUGCGUUAAUGUCAUCAGAGACAACGAAACAUGUUAAUGAAUAAUCUUAAUUGUGCAAGAUUCCAUAUGCUAAAAUAUACAUUAUCCCAUAUAAAUAAGGCGACAGGGUGACUUCAAAAUAUGAGGUAGAGAUAACUGAGUCUAAAAUAUCAUGAUAUGCCGAAAUUUUAUAGUGAUGGUGAAUUUUCAUUUACAAACGAAUCUUCUUUCGAUUAAAAGAGAAAGAAAGGUUGACUCACCAUUUGAGCCCUGUUAAAAUAUUAAUGAUAUAAUUUCAUUUACAAACAAGUAGUUCACUUUAUGUAGGCUUAUCGUUUCUGUCGAUAUUGCCAGAAUUUUAAAACUAAACUGUAUUAAUUUGUAUACCAACGUUUGUGUUACACACGCCUGUCGGAAACAACAAACAACAAAACCUAGUUGAUAAAUGUAACCUGUAUAGUUUAUACGCAAAAUGGGCUUCUUAUAUAUGGCAAUUUGUAAAUACCAGUAUAUGUAAUUAUUUUGUGCUGCAAUUGAUAUAUAUAUAUAUAUGUCAUGUAUUUAUGAUAAAUAUAUUGUAACCCGAUGUAAGAUAAUUUAGUUUUGGAAUGUGAUGGCUUUAAAUAUUCUAUUUUGAUACGUUUUUAUUGUGUUGACCCAUUUUCCUUCCAUGCACCAACACAUGAAGAUUUUCUUUUUUUGUGGAUGUACAUGUGUCCAUAAUAGACCAGUUCGUAGUUACUCAUGGACAAUUUUCGGUCAAAUCACCUUUCAUUUCUUUAAUUAUGAUAGGCAGAUUUCAAAGCAAAAUAUUACGUAAGCUUGCCUCACAUAGCAUGAUAAAGAAAUUGAAUAGACCAGGUGACUAGAAUAGCAUACCAAUGAACACUUUAUGAAGGUAUUUGUUGCAUUCCUACUUUGAAUGCAUAUCAUAGCAUGUUGCACAAUGUACUUGGCAAACUGGGAAAUACCAGUCGUUCGUGGACGCGUUGUUGUUUUUUGUGGAUGUAAAUGAAAACCACAAUUCAAAAGAAUAUAUGAAUGAUCAAGACAUCAAAGUUGGUGCUUAUCUCAUUAGAUUUUAAAUCACCAUGUCACUUUAGUACAAAUGACCUUCCUCUGAUCAUGCGUAGAAUCUUUUGAUCAUGCGCAGAAAGGAACUACGAACUGGCUUAUUACUUUGACAAAGAGUAUAAUUUAUAAAAACACGAUUAGAACGACUUUUUGCAUUACGAAAUCAAAGACAUUCGUCUCAACUUUUUUAAAUAAUACACGCGACGGUAACUUUCUAAGGGGAUAAAAACACAAAAGAAAAAUCAGAAAAUGUGUAAAUCCGAGAAAGUAAGGCAGCAGAGUCAAUUUAAAGGGUAUUAUUGUAUUACAAGUUGUGUACGGCCUGUUGCUAGGUUUUAAAAUUCAUGUUAGAUUUGUUUUUAGUUCGUAUCGAAAAAAACCCAUGUCAUCCUUUUACGUCAUGCCUUUGCACCUUUUUUUUUCAAGUGCUAAAAGAAAUAUUGAAGAUAAGGAGACAUGAUGAAAGAAGGAGGGAGACGCCAAGGAACACGUUUUAAAAACAAAUAUAGUUUGAACGGUCAUAUGGAAAUGCGAUCUUUUCGUGUAAUCAUUCGAAAGAUUGGUUUAUUCAUUGGCGUUGCCCUACUGGUUAUCAUGGUUAUUGUGCACAUCAGUUCAUUAUUCUGUUUCUCCACGACAUGCAAUGGCAUAAACAAACAACCCAAAAUUAUCACGUGCAUAUUCUGAUUAAUCUGUAAAACUGAGCACGUUGAAACAUUUGCAUUUCUAUGCAAUACUACAUAUUUGUCAUGAUCUUUGAAAUGCAUUAUUUUCCGAAAAUGAAAAAAAAAGAAGAAUAAAUUGGUCAGCUUUUAGAUGUAAAAAGGCAGGCACUGUGAAAAGAUAAUGUAUUUUUAAAAUAGUCUAAUUUCGUUCUAUGAGUGUUCUUUAUUACCUAUACAGCCCUCCUCGAAA